AUGGAAGGAACAAGUGAUAUUUUAGCAUUGAAGAUGUUGAAUCAUGAGUUGGUGAAAUUGGAUCGCUUUGAUGAAACCAAUUUCUCUCGAUGGAAAGACAAGAUGAAAUUCCUACUGACUGCACUCAAACUCUUCUAUGUCUUGGACUCGAAUUUGAUGCCUUUUCCUACUGCGAGUGAUGUAAACACUGAUGAGAUAAAGGCACAAAGAAAGAAACAGGAGCAAGACGAACUGAUUUAUAGAGGGCACAUUCUCAAUACUCUUUCGGAUCUUCUCUAUGAUCUCUACAUAUCAAUGAAGUCACCGAAGGAGAUUCGAAAUGCUUUGGAAGCAAAAUGCAAAACUGAGAAAAUAGGUACGAAUAAGUUUAUUAUUCAAAAGUAUUUUGAUUAUAAAAUGCUUGAUAAUAUCUUAGUUUUAGAUCAAGUACAUGAGUUAAUUUUGGUCAAUAAACUCCGUGAUUUAUCAAUCAAUAUUCUUGAAUCAUUCCAAGUGGGUGCAAUCAUUGCGAAACUCCCACCAAGUUGGAAUAAUUUUAGGAAGAAGCUUCUACAUACGUCAGAAGAUCUCACUUUAGAAAAAUUCGGACAACAUCUUCGAAUUGAAGAGGAAAGUCAGGUUAGAGAUGGGACUAACACCAAUUCUAAAGUAAAUGUGAACAAUGUGAGCAAUGUUCAAAGUGGGAGUUCGAGUAAGGCCAAUAAGUACUUGAAAGUGAACAAAAGUGGGAGUGAUUUCAAGAAGAACAACUCCAAUAAUCCCAACAAAGACAAGAAGAACCGGGCUUGUUUCGAUUGUGGAAAGAAAGGCUAUUACAUUCACGAAUUUUAUAUGGCUAUGAUUGCAAAUCCUUUUGAUUGGUGGUUCGAUUCAGGUGCAACAAUGCAUGUGUGUAACAACAAAGAGCAAUUCAAGACUUAUGAUGAGUCUUCCAUAGAACAACAAGUGCUGAUGGGUAACCACACUAAAGCAAAGGUUCUUAGAAAGGGCACCGUUGAAGUGCAAAUAAGUUCUGACUAG